UGCACAUGGCCCGGACCGGUGUUUGGUGGUCGCUAUGGUGACGGUCCCGGCGGAAGUCGAUGCUGAAAGGGUCUGAGAAUCCUUCACCUUACUCUGUCUGAUAGCGCAGAGGAGAUUCGAGUGGGAGAAACAGACGAUGGCGGCUAAAUGUCGAGAAAAGCCUUGCGGCAGGGAGGUAAAAGGCCCAACUCCCUGCUCUGUGGGUUUGCUAGCAAAAUCUGCAGGUAACUUCGCAAAUGCAGAUCUGGUGAAGGAGCUUGAACAGGAUUUACGUGCUGAAACUUAUGCAAGUUUUGUGAGGGUCCACAAAGAGUACGAAACCAAGAAUCGUGUUAUACUAGAACAAGAACAAAUGCAAUUGAAGGGCAACAUCAGGUAUAGGGUUCAAAGGGCCUUGGAGUUUUACGAAAAUGGCAUAGAACAAAGGAGAAUAAAGCUACGAGAUCUUCUGGAAGCUGAAGAAAAGGAUUACAUGAAUCAACUGUCCCUUUUGGGAGAAACACCUUUGGAACGACAGGCAAAAAUGAGACAGCACGUAAAAGACUUGAAGAUAAAACGGGAGCAAGAACGACAAAAGUUGGUUGCAGAAAAACUUGAUCAACAGUUCAGGGAACAGUGUGAAGAGCUGCAGACAAAGCUGUCUCAUCGGCGAGUGCUAGAGUUGGUCAAGGAUAGAAAGGCACAAAUAGAGUUCAACAAGAAACUGCAGGAUCAGCAAAAGGAAGAGGAACAGAUCUUUGAGGAGUUGUGGGAGAAGGACCGACUUGCCAAAGAGGAGAGGGCAGAGAAAGAAAUGAAAGAGCAACAUGAGAAACAGCAAGAAGUCCUGGCUGCAGUAUUGGAACAAAUGGCAGAAGCUAAUGCUAAACGCAUGGAUCAGAAGCAGCUGAUUAAAGAAGAGGCAAAGUUGAUGAAAGAAAGACAACGUCUUUCAAAGUUAGAAGAUGAGCGAUUGGCACAGGAGAAGUCUCAAAAGCAGAAAGAAUUCCGUGAUAGUUUGAACAGAUCGAUGGCACUGAAGAAAAAACGUUUAGCAAAGGAGAAGGAAGAGGAGCAGGCGCUUGAUACAAAGAUAAAAGAGCAGGCCCUGAAGGAAAGUGCUGAUGAUGCCCAGGAGCAAUUGCAGAAAAAGCUGGAUCUCCAGAGAGAAGUGCAAAUCUAUCGAAAAUAUUUGGCUCAGAAAGCAGAUGAUGAAAAACGUCAAGAAGAGGAAACAAACCGGCUAAUUGAGAAGGAUGUAGAGAAAACUUGGGCCAAACGCAAUGAGCAGGUGCGUCUAAAGAAAGAGGCUCUAGAUCACCUCAAGAAGGAAGUAAUGGAAACACGCAAGCUUCAGAUUCAGGAACAUUUGGAGAAAAAUACAAAGACCCCGCAACAGAUGGCAGAGGAAAGAGCCAAAAUUAUUCAAACCAUUGAAGAGCAGAAAAAGGUGGAAGAUGAAAAACUGGCCAGAGAUAAGCAAGCAAAGAAGAUACAUCAGCAGGACAUUCUGGCACAAAUAAAGUACCAAAAGCAUCAGGCUGAGAAAAAGAAGGCAGAAGAACAGCGUGAGGUGGAAGCAGGAAAGCUGGAAGAGGAAGCUUACCAGAAAAAGCUUCAGGAUGCUCUUUCUCAACCUUAUACCAGCAGUGAUAAGAUUCAUCCCUGGAGGAGGGAAAAUUGUCUAAACCCUAAGCUCAAUGAAACAUGUUAGAAUUAUUGUUGCUAUCUGUGAACAUAUACUGUAGUUUUGUUUGAUUUGUAAUGACAAUUUGAAUUGUGCUUUAUGACGAAGUGUAUUGUAUAUUACUCAAGUUAUUAUUGUAAUUU